GAGAAGUGAUUCUGUGUAUACCACCUGGCUUCAACAAAGCUUCCUUUUUUUUGCACACCUGGGUGGUUAUAAACCAAGACAUGUUUUCACUUAAUAGUUGACACCCUUAUGCUUUGUGACAGUUUUGAAGAGUGAAGGAGUGUGACUUUCUUUGUCUUGAAGGAGAUGGGUGACUCUUCGUGUCUAAUGAGGUCGUUUUCUGGGCCGUCUGAGUGUUCUGGUGAAGUCAAAGAGGGGGACCUCCUUCGGUGCCUAGGAGAAUCAGUGUCAUUCGGCAGGUAUGCUUCAGAACCUCUUGAUUGGGCAAAAUGGUCAGCAUUUUCUCACAAUAGGUAUCUGGAAGAAGCGGAGAAGUUUUCCAAACCAGGCUCGGUUGCGCAGAAGAAGGCGUACUUUGAAGCUCACUACAAGAAAAAGGCUGCUGAGAAAGCAGCAGCUUUGGCUGAGGUCGCAAAUACAUGUGCCAGCAGAGUUUCUGAGUCAGUUUCUAUGCACGAGAGUUGCCAAAGCUCCUGUGCCAACAUGGAGUUGGCAAAUGGAGAGAACCAGAUGGUUGAGGAAAUUGCUGUUCCAAUCAUUGAGGUGGUAUACUCAGCUCAUGUGAAUGAUCACAAUACAGAUGUUGAAGGGACUCAAUUGGAACUUGCAAAGGUGGAUGGACCAGAGACGGUGAUUCAAGAUAGUGUUACUGUGGAGGAUGCUGUCCAGGGUGAGGUGGAGAAGUCUAUUCAGGAUGAAAUGGAGACUUCAAUUCAGGUUGAGAUGGAGAGUUCUACUCAAGCUGAACUAUCAAACCAGUUAGAAAAUGACCAGAAGGAGAUUGUUAAUGGUGCCACCCAAGAAGAGAAGAUGCCUACUAAGGAAGCAAUUAGCGAGAAAAAUCUAACUUCACCAAGCAAGAAAAGAUCGGUGAACUCUUCUCCCUCAAGGUUAUCUACUCAAGGUAGACCGUCCAAGAUCCCAUCUUUUCCUGCCAAACAAAUGGCCGGUGUUCCAACGGGAAAGAAGAACAAUGCCACCCCAAAGACUAAGAACUCUGAGGCUGAAUUAGUUGACAAGAGGAGAUCAACAACAAAAUCACUGCACAUGUCAAUCAGUUUCACUUCUCAUGCCAGUGAAACCAGUAAGAGAACUUCACCAGUCCUGGAGAAGAUCAAAAAGUUAAGAGUUCAUAAAACUGCGCUUAAGAGUUCAACUUCCCUACCAACUGCAACCAGGGCAUCUGUUAAUGGGUUACUAACAGAAACUUCAGUAAACCCAUGGUCCAAAGAUAGAAGGGCAAAAACAAAACUUAAUAAGCUGGUAACUGGGAGUGUCACUGCAGAUGGGAUAUGCAAAUCACCCUCAAAAGAUCAAUCUCUUGCUGCAAAUGGAAGCAAACCACGAGGUCCUAUCAAGUCCUGUCCUUUUAGCCUUAAGAGUGACGAAAGAGCAGCAAAACGGAAAGAGUUCUUUCAGAGGCUGGAAGAGAAGAGAAGUAUAGAGGCAGAAAUUAAGCAGUCGCAAAUGAGAUCUAAUAAGGAAAAAGCAGUGCAUGAUGUUAAAAAAUUGCGUCAGAGUACAGGCUUUAAAGCCAAAGAUCUGUCUUCUGGAUCACAAUUGCUAAGUAACAACUUGAAGAAGGUUCCACCAACCCAGAGUCAGUCACAGAAGCUCGAGAGGCAGUCCACUACCAGCAAGAUUCUGAACCCUAGCAUUCGGUCUUCAGUCAAUUCUCACAGCUCUAAGCAUGUCACACAGAGUAAUAAUCAAAGGAUAAGCCGAUCAGUCACUUCCCUUCCAAAGAAGAAUGCUCAUGAGAAUUCUUCUCCUAAUAUUCAGAGUUGAGGAUAUCUAGCGUAGGAAUAUACAUGAAUGGAGACUAAUCCACCCACAGCUGGUUAACAUCCAGAACUACUUUCUGUAACUAUGCAAUUAGAAUGAGUGGGUAGUCUGGUUUUCUUUUACGCGCAGAUCUGUUGAGUUCUGCCACUUAGAAUUAGAUUUUUGUAGGGCUCGUCUCUUGUUUCUAUUUCUUUAGGUGGUUCAGCUUGUAAAUGAAUUUCACCAGUUAUGUUCAAGAGGUUACUACAUAUCAUGGUUGC